UGUAUCCAGAUUCCGGUAUUACCAGAACGUUUGCACUUCUAGCUAUUCCUUUGCAUGGUGGGACUGGCCAAGAUGGGAGAGAGAAAUUGACUGGAUGGCACUCAAUGGAAUCAACCUGCCGCUGGCUUUCACCGGCCAAGAAGCCCUUUGGCAAGAGGUGUAUCGUGCUCUAGGCUUGAACCAAUCAGAGAUUGAAGAGUUCUUCUCUGGCCCAGCAUUUCUUGCCUGGAACCGUAUGGCAAACAUGUUCGAGUUUGGUGGACCUCUGCCGCAGUCCUGGCAUGUGAACCAGCUCCUUCUUCAAGUUAAAAUCUUAGAGCGAAUGAGAUCCCUUGGCAUGACCCCAGUGCUGCCAGCCUUCUCUGGGAACAUUCCCAAGGGAAUCCUCAGGCUGUAUCCAGAAGCCAAUGUAACCAGACUGGGGCCUUGGGCUCAGUUUAACUGCAGCUUCUCGUGCGCCUACAUCUUAGACCCAAGGGACAAACUUUUCCUCCAUAUUGGCUCCCUUUAUCUGUCCCAGGUGGUAAAGCAAUUUGGAACAGAUCACAUCUACAACACUGACACCUUCAAUGAGAUGACUCCACCUUCCUCUGACCUCACCUACCUGUCUUCAGUCAGCCGCUCUAUCUUUGCCGCAAUGUCUGCAGUCGAUCCUCAGGCAAUUUGGCUAAUGCAAGGCUGGCUCUUCUUCAGUGAUUCAGCAUUCUGGAAGCCACCCCAGAUUCAAGCUUUCCUUCAUGGAGUGCCCCUUGGACGAAUGAUAGUGCUGGACUUGUUUGCAGAGACCGAGCCAAUUUAUUCCUACACAAACUCUUUCUAUGGACAGCCCUUCAUCUGGUGUAUGCUGCACAACUUUGGGGGCAACAGUGGUUUCUUUGGCACAGUUGAGAGCAUCAAUUCAGGACCCUUCAAAGCCUUGCAUUUCCCAAACUCCACCAUGGUAGGCAUUGGCAUGACACCUGAGGGUAUUGAGCAGAAUCCUGUGAUAUAUGAGUUGAUGAGUGAGCUGGCUUGGCGCAAGGAGCCUGUCAAUUUGGCCAAGUGGGCAUCCUUGUAUGCAGUGCGCCGCUAUGGCAGCAUGCAAGAGAACAUAACUGCUGCAUGGAGGCUCCUGUUUGCUAGCGUUUACAACUGCACAGUGCCACAUUACCGAAACCACAACCACUGUCCACUGGUCCACCGACCUUCCUUUCACAUGAACACUGGCCUUUGGUAUGACCCGAAAGACUUGCACAGAGCCUGGAAGCUCAUUAUGGACGCAGCUCCUUCUCUUAUGUCCAAGGAGACCUUCCGAUAUGAUCUCGUGGAUGUCACUCGGCAGGUCCUACAAGUCUUGACGACAUCCUUUUACCAAGAUAUCACAGAUGCCUUCCAGAAGAAAAAGUUGCCAGAGCUGCUGACUGCAGGCGGUGUGCUGGUCUAUGACCUCUUGCCUGAGCUUGAUCGUUUACUGAGUAGUGACCCCAACUUCCUGCUGGGGAGGUGGCUGGAGCAGGCAAGAUCCAUAGCCCUGGAUGAGAAGGAGGUGCAACUCUAUGACAUGAAUGCCAGAAACCAGGUCACUCUGUGGGGUCCCAGUGGGGAGAUCCUGGACUAUGCCAACAAGGAAUGGGGAGGCUUAAUGGAGGACUACUACACCCAGCGCUGGGGACUGUUUGUCCAAACACUGGUUGAGUGUCUGAACAGUGGACGACCAUUCAAGCAAGACACUUUCAACCAGGCAGUUUCUCAGGUAGAAAAAGGAUUCAUUUUUAACGGCAGAAAGUACCCGACCAAACCUAAGGGAGACACAUACGAGAUUGCUCACAGGAUCUUCCUCAAGUACUACCCACAGGCCUUAAAAAGACUAUAGUGAGAACUAUAGACUACGUUCUAGAAAAACUUAAAACACAGCAAGAAGAAUGUGUUCCUUCACCUUCAGUUUUCCAUGGCUAUUCCCAAACAUUUUGAUGUGGAAACUACAGGAACAAUCUGUUUUGCACAUAAAGUAAAAUCUGCUGUAAAGAGCUGUGCAUGUUGUGGGGAUAUUAUGUUUACUUAUGCAUAGAUGUCUCUGUGAAAGUGUUUGGUUUGGAAUUUAAGCUCUUGGUACUUUCUUUUGAUUCCGCUCACAUUAAAGAAACUGAUUGUACACAUAUUCCCCAUUUCCGAGUGAGAUGAUAUGAUUGAUAUCAGUCUCCAGUCAAUAUAUUCAGCACAGAGAUCAGAAUGUGGUUAACCUAGCUUAGCAUAAAACAUGGACCCAGGGAAAACGGGUAGCCUGCCUCUGUCCAAAGUAGGCAUGCAAAUUUUAAACAAUUUUCUUAACUGUUAGUCGGCAGCGUUAUUGAUUAAUAAUCGAUCAGUUAUUCAAUAUUCCUUAAACUGAGAGAACUGUUUUUAAACAUGGACGUGUAGCAUCUGUCGUGAAAGCAGCUUUGUUACAUUAGUCACUGGGCUAUAGGGAUGUUGUAGCUUUCUGCUUGCCAAAAUGGAACUUCCACAAGUCUGAGCGACCACCUCCUCAGUGUUUGUUGCGCUUUGAAAAUUUUGGACCGAGGCAGGCCCUCUUCUUCCAGUCUUUAUGCUAAUCCAGACUAAUCCUUAUUUCAGUUUUGUACUCAACAGAUACGAGAUUAAUCUCAAUAUUUUCAGUUAACAGAUGUGCACUGAAUUGUUUGAGUUCCUGGGAACAAUUGCUCAUCACAGGUUGCUUCAUGUCUUGUUGACCCUGGAUGAUUUUUCUGACAUAAAGGAUAUAUUUUUAUAUAAAAAUUAAGAGGUGUCAAUCUGUACUAUUUCCACAUAUACAUCAACUACUUUCUGAAAAGUGCUAUUUUAAUGCAUCACAUUGAUUAUUGCCUACCGUCACACUGCCUACUGAAGUGUUUUCUUGUGGAUAAAUGUAGUUUUAAUACAAUGGUAAUCAUGGUGAGGAAACUGAAUACUACAUGGGCACUGACUUUCAUAAUGAGAUAAUAAACUUUCAGUGUUGUACAAUGUUAGUCUGUGGAUUGUACAAAUGCUAUUUUUGUAUUUGAAUGAAAGUGAUAUUCUGAAAUGUAUGGACAUUAUUUAGAGAUUAAACUUUUCAUUAAAAUGGUUACAUUUA